AUGACGGAAUUACUUAACAAGAUUAAAAACAGCGUUCCUCCAAAACAGAAAACGAGUUUGACUCAGAGCGACUUGCAGCAUUGGGGUUUAAAAGGGAUCCAGUUGAGGGCCUACCAGCUGGAUGGCGUCCAAUGGCUGACUCAGUGCCUGAAGAACCAACAGGGAUGCAUCCUUGGAGAUGAGAUGGGCUUGGGGAAAACUUGCCAAACUAUCUCACUACUCGUGUACAUGUCAGGGGCACUUGAUGUCAAAGGUCCAUUUUUGGUGCUUAGCCCGCUUUCUGUCAUGGAGAACUGGAGGAGUGAACUGGAGCGCUUUGCACCAACUUUGACUGUGUUGUGCUACAAGGGAGACAAAGACAGACGAGCUGAGAUUCAAGGGGACAUGUCGGAUUUCCAUGUUCUGCUCACUACAUAUGAGCUCUGCCUUAAAGACGCUUCCUUCCUGAGACGGUGGAAGUGGAAGGUUCUAGUUGUGGAUGAGGCUCACCGUCUCAAGAACCAGAACUCCCUGCUCCGCAAAACCCUGAUGGAGUUCUCAGUGGGUUUCCGGGUUCUGCUGACCGGCACGCCCAUCCAGAACAACCUACUAGAGCUCUACUCGCUGCUUAGUUUCAUCCAGCCGAAUGUCUUCUUGGCGGAUGGUGGUGACGGCUUUACCCGCUCUUACGCCGAUGUGCAGAGUCGACCGGCACUUGCUGCCGAUCUCCAGAGCGUCCUGGAGCCCUUUCUGCUCCGCCGGGUCAAGUCCGAGGUUGCUGUGGACCUGCCCAAGAAGACUGAAGUGGUGGUGUAUCACGGCAUGUCUGCACUGCAGAAAAAAUACUACAAAGCCCUCUUGAUGAAAGAUUUUGAGGCUUUUGGCAACGAACAAAGCAAUAAGACUCGUCUGCUCAAUAUUCUAAUUCAGCUGAGGAAGUGUGUUGAUCACCCGUAUCUUUUUGAUGGAGUGGAGCCAGAGCCGUUUGAGAUGGGGGAACAUUUGAUUGAAGCCAGUGGGAAACUCUGCCUCUUGGAUAGCAUGUUGGCUUACCUGCAACAAGGCGGCCAUCGAGUUCUGCUCUUCUCCCAGAUGACCAGAAUGCUAGACAUCCUUCAGGACUACAUGGAGUACAGAGGUUUCAGCUACGAGCGUCUGGACGGCUCGGUCCGCGGCGAAGAACGUAACCUGGCGGUGAAGAACUUCAGCAGCCAGGACAUUUUUGUCUUCCUGCUCAGCACCAAAGCAGGAGGGGUUGGGAUGAACCUGACAAGUGCGGACACAGUGAUUUUUAUGGAUAGCGACUUCAACCCACAGAAUGACCUGCAAGCGGCCGCGCGCUGCCACCGGAUUGGCCAGCACAGGCCAGUGAAGGUGGUCCGCCUGCUGGCUCGAGAUACUGUGGAGGAGAUCAUGUACUCUCGCGCCGUCUCCAAACUUGAACUCACCAACACGGUGAUUGAGGAGGGACGUUUCUCAUUGCUGGAGCGCGCUCAGUCCGCGGCGGCGGGACUACACCUCAGCGAAAUUCUGAAGUUCGGCGUGGACAAGCUGCUGUCUUCCGAAGAGAGUUCUAUCCAGGACGUGAAACUUGAAAAGAUCCUCGGCACCUCACAUGACGGUUGCUGGACAGUCGAUCGAGACGACGUUGACGAAGAACCAUCCUCCUUGCUAGAGGAGGAAGACGGCGACUCGGAAGCUGACAGGCAGAAUCACAUGUACUGCUUUGAGGGCAAAGACUACAGCAAGGAUCCCAGCUCAGAAGAUCAGAAAAGCUUCGAGCGCAUGUUGGAGGAACAAUUCGCCGAACUCCAGAAAACCGGCUUGGAAGGACGGAGUCUACGAAACAAAACUGACGCGUCGCCGGCAACAGCACUUAGUUUCCCGACUAGAAAGCGACGUCCUCUGACAGAGGAGGAGCUAGAACUUCGGCGCCGGAAGCGGCAAGAGGCAGCGGCCAAGCGGGCAAAAUACGAGGCGGAUGCUAAGAAGAAGCAAGAGGAGCACAAGUACAAGAAAAAGAUGGCGUGGUGGGCGUCAAGUGGCUACAGAUCUUGCUGUCUGAAGCGUGUGGACAGCGAAGAGGAUGAGGAAGAAGAGGAGGAAGAAGACGGUGGCAGUAUGAGCUCAACCGAGUCGGACAGCGGCGCCAUCAAUUAUGUCUUGGGAGAUGUGACGCAUCCUCACGCCGCACGUGGGGACGCCAUUAUCGUUCACUGUGUCGAUGACUCUGGCCGUUGGGGGAAGGGAGGUUUGUUCACGGCUCUGGAGGUGCGGUCGGAUGAACCCCGGCGGCAGUACGAGUUGGCGGGAGAGAUGGACGACUUGGACCUCGGAAGCGUGCUGUUUUUUCCCAUCCAUGACAAACAGUCCCGACUGGACGGGAACGAUCACCUGGCGCUCAUCGUCGCACAACAGCGAGACAGAGCCAACAAGUUGUCGGGAAUCUUUCUGACAGCGCUGGACGAAGGCCUGAGGAAGAUUUACACCGAAGCCAAACACAAGAAAGCCGGUGUGCACCUGCCCCGCAUCGGACACGCCACCAAGGGCUUCAACUGGUAUGGGACGGAGAGGCUGAUCCGGAAACAUUUGGCUUCCAGAGGCAUCCCCACCUUCAUAUACUAUCACGAUCGCGGUGCCAAAAACACGGUCGCCGCUGCGUCGGCUUCCUCCUCAGACUUGGGGUCUCGCGGCUCGAACGCCGCCCACCUAGAUGACCUGGAAGCAGCAGGCCCUUCUACGUCCGGCUCCCCCGAGCUGCCGUCUUUCAUGAGGGGCGUCCACGUCUUUUUCUACAACCUGACUGCUACUGACAGGAAGAAGUUGGCACGUUACCUCAUCACUUAUGACGGCGAUGAAGAAGAAGUGAUGAGCGGAGAGGUCACCCACAUUGUUGCCGAAGUGGAGCAUGAGGUCCACUCGCAGGAGCUGCGAGAACUGACGAACCGCUACGACAGGGUCCUGCCAGUACGCAAGGCAUGGCUGGAGGCCUGCUUUUCCCAACAGAGAAAAGUGGGCAGCGCACACUUUAAACAUGAGCUUGUUUGGUUCCCAAGCAACCCCAACACACCCCAAGAGGACGAUGAGACCAUGAGCGCCGAGCAGCGAGAAGCGAUGGCCGCUCCCAAACUGAACUCGCUCCCCUUUUACGACCGGGCCGCCUCUGGCGCUUCUUCUAGUCCGGAGCCGUACCGGGACCCCGAACCGGAGUGUUCCUUCCUCACCUGCCCUCCCACGCCGUUCCCCAGCAUGGCGGACGGUAGCUGGGCACGACCGAGCCUCUCCGGCGACUGGUCCGGAUACCCCAGCAGCGCCGCUUCAUCUGGUCAUGAAGAACCUUGCAGCUGCUGCGUUGGCUCCCAAUCGGAACAUGACUUGAGCUUGGAGCAACCGUGCUCGCUCCGGUCCGAGCCGGCUUGCCGCCACCUUUACGUGUGCUCACCCCCGGGGGCAACCUGCUAUACGCGCUGUCCCUCUGACACCAAACCGCCGUGGCUUCAGAACCAAGCCCCGCAAUGCUGGCGAGUGUUCGUCACAUAUGAAGCGGAUGAUGACGCUCACGUGAAUGAAAUCAUCAAGUUUGUGGCGCUGCUGCGACACAACGGCUUCGACACGCAUAUCGACAUCUUCGAGCAGCAGUUCCGCAGCAUCAGCAAGAUCGACUUCAUGGAGCGCUACCUCAGUGAGAAGGAAUACCUGAUCAUCAUCAUCAUCAGCCCCAAAUACCACGAGACGGUCACCGCCUCGCACGUCAGUCCCGAAAACGACGAGAGAACCUGCAAUACCGUCUACAUCCACAAACAGCUCCAGAACGAGUUCAUACAGAAUGGAAGCAAGAAUUUCCGAUUUAUUCCCAUUCUGUUCCCCGGUGCUAAAAAGUGUCAUGUUCCCAACUGGCUACUUAACACGCACGUGUACUGUUGGCCGCGCGACCGCGACGACAUCCUGCGACGGCUGAUGAGGGUGGAGAAGUACAACCCGCCGCCCAUCGGAGAACUGCCCACGAUCGUGUCCAUCCCCAUAUAG